AUGAGCAGCGCGUCGUACGCGGCGUGGGCCAAGUUCGACGUGGAGGAGGAGCUGGAGCGCGUGGACGAGGCGGAGCAGCGCGAGCAGCAGCACAGGCAGCAGCUGCAGCAGGAGCGCGCCAAGCAGAGCGUCGAGAGCUCGGCCACGCAGGCGGCGCAGCAGUCGGCGGAUAUCCUGGCGGCUCAGGCGGCCGUGGCGGCGCUCAAGGCCAAGAAACGAGUGCGCAGGGGGCGGGCAGCGCCCGCAGAGGAGAAGAAGAAGGAGGAGAGUGAGGCAGUGGAGGCAGAUGAGGACGUGGAGAAGGCGGCCAAGCUGCAGGCUCAGGCGGCGCUCUUCGCGCUCAAGCACGAGCUGCUGCAGCAGAUCAUGGAGAGCAGACGUCUCGGGGACAAGAAACUGAGUGCAGAGCAGAAGGACUGGGAGGGGGCGCAGAAGGCGUUCGCCAAGACUCUGGACGCGGUGAAGAGGCUGGAGGCUCUGGCCCCGGAGCUGCUCAAGGCUGAGGAAGAGCAGACCAAGCUGCUCGGGAAGGAGCCUGCUGCGGCGUCGAAUCAGCAGGAGAAGAGUGCAAAUGGCGGAGGAUGCGGACACUCGGGCGAGGGCGAGCAUUCGUGUGGCAAAGGCUGCAGUCAUGAAGGUGCCAAGAAGCCGGAAGUGGUGAAGAAGCCCGAGCCGCUGCCUAAAGCCAACGACCUCGUGGCUAUCAUUAAGAUGUUCUACAAGGACGCUUACAUGGGAAUCGGGGCCUGCGACCUCGAGAGGGGGCGACUUGCAGCGGCUACUGAGGCGUUCAAAGAGGUGCUGCUACGAGAUGAGGUGCAGUUGUCGGCGUGGCUUCGCAGGGGUGAGGCGUUUGAGCGCAUGGACGCUCCAUUGCUCGCGAUGCUGCACUUCAGUCGGAUCACCAACCUGGAUUCGGACCACGAGAAGGGGAAGGAAGCGCUAGAUCGAGUGAAGACGAAGCUACUGAACAGUGGGGACGCUUGCAGCGCAGACAAUAAUACGGUUCAGCGCGAAGUAUCGAAGUGUACUGACGGACGGACGUUCAAAGAGGUUCUUGAGCGCAUCCAAUGGGUCUUCGAAGAAGCGAAUGUGCUGGCUGUUGAGAGCUUCUUUGACUACUCGACGACGAAAUACCAAGUUGUGUUAGGCUGCCUCCAAGUCCUGCGCGCGCGACCAGAGUUCAGCUCUACAAACGAGGAGGCAGUGUCUCCAGUACUUCAUGAGCUCGAGAUCUCGUGCCACGUGAAUAUUGCUAGCGGCUGCCUCGAGAUGCAGCGCAACUACACCAAGGCCAUUAAUCACUGUGACCAAGCGCUUCAUCUCGAUGGCAAUCGUGCAAUCAUCCACUUCCGCAUGGGGCAGAUCUACCACGCUCUCCACAUUUACGAGAAGGCGUUCGGCUACUAUGACGCGGCUAAGGCCCUCGUUCCUCCUGCUGUGACCACUGAGACCGAGGAGCAGCACAAACGGAUGAUAGCUGCGAUUGCCAAGGAGAAGGACAAGUGCAAGUUUGAUCGGAACCAGUACGACAUGGGAUACCUCCGAUCUUUGGCAGCCAAGUAA